AUGUUUAACAAACUAAAAUUUAAUAAUAUUGUUAUAAGCAAUAAAAAGAUAAUACAGCAAGGUCGCAAUCAAAUAAUAAAUAAAUUAGUACACAAGUUAAAAAAGUUCCAAUACUUAUUGGAAAAAAAUGACGAAAAUAUUAAAAACAAAAAUCGGAUGAGAAGAAAUGUAGCCUACUUGGAGCACCUUAAGAAACUUAAACGUUUUGAAAUAAUCAAGAGUGUGCUAUUAUUAGAAAAAAAUCCUACAGCUGUCAUCACAAACGAUAGAGCUGCACCAGAGGAAAUUGUGAUUGCCAUGCUUGCAGCUAAUAAGUUGAUAGCUGAUUUAGUUAAAAAAAUUCAUGAAGAAUUAAAUAUUAAUAGUAAAGAUAAUGCGUGGAAAGAGAAGUUAAUGGAAAAUAGUAAGCGUCAGACUAAAAUGGAAAAAGUUGAAUAUAGACGUUUAAAGCGUAAAGAGAUAAAAGACCAAAGGAAUGUUGAACGCAAAAGAAAAGAAUGGUUACAAGAAAAUAAUGCUGAUAAAAUCAACGAUAGCCAAGAUAAAGAAUUAAAUUUGACAUCUAGUUCUGGAAAUUGGAUAGAAGAAGAACUAGAAGGUGAAGAUAGUGAGGAUUUAGAAGAAUCUAUUACUGAAAUUCCAAGUAACAAAUUAAAGUCAGAGAAAUCUAAAGCUACGCAUGUACUUCAAAAUAAAAAAGAAAAUAAUACUAAACAAAUAAAAAAAGAGAACAAAGUUGAAGCAGUGCAAAUAAAUCAAAUUAAGUCUGAAGCCAAUCUUACCAGCAAGGUAAAAAUAAACAGUACCGUGAAUAUUGAAAGUAGGCAGGAUAAUGACAUAGGCAAUAAUGAAGAAAUUUCAAUGGCUAAUGAAUAUGUUAAUGAAGAUUCGAAAAUUAAAGAUGAUCCUAUUACAAAUGGCGCUCGAGAAAAUACAGAUAUAAAUAUUUCACCAUCAAAAAAUGUCAACGUAAAUGAAAACAUUUUUGUGGAAGACCCAUUCUUUAUAACCGAAACUGGCAAACCUUAUAUGUCAACGGCUAUAGUUACCAAUAAAACGCAAAAUGUUAGCGAAGAGGUAGUAAAUAAUAAAUCAAAUGUUGGCAACAAAAGAAAGAUACAUGACAGAAAUAACUAUCAAUCUGAAAACCGUAAUUUCCAUAAACAAAACAGCGAAUUAAAUUCUAAAUGGAAAAAUAAAGAUAAUCAGAUGAAUAAAUCAGAAAAUUUACAUCCGUCAUGGGCAGCGAAACAAAAGCAAAAACCGAUUAUAACAAAUUUUCAAGGCAAAAAAAUAACAUUUAAUGAUGAUGAUAAUAUGGAACAAACUGUGCCACAAAAUAAUUUCAACAAAAACAAAAAUAGCAACGGUGCUGGUAAAGGGAAAACAUCAAAUAAAGUUGAAAACAAUUUGCAUCCUUCUUGGGCAGCGAAACAAAAACAAAAGCCAACUAUAACGGCGUUUGAGGGUAAAAAGAUAAAAUUUGAUGACGACGACAGUUGAUACUAAAUAAUUAUUUUUUUUAAUACAAAAGUUUUGAAAUU